UACUUGGCACCGGUACUGUGUUGUAGCUACUUUUGCAUCACACUACGCAGUCCAUCUUUGUGGACUUCCAGUAGGACAUUGGACAGAUUAUGAAGAUAUGACUGCCAUGUUUUGAAAGAAAUCGCCAUUUUAAGAGUUUGAAAAAUGGGUAAAAAAGAUAAAGUAGACCGGGACAAGAAGUCCAAAAAGCGUUUCUAUGAGGAGGAGGAAGAUGAGGACGAAGCAGUGGGCAGCGAGUCCCAGGAGGCCGUACCUGCUGCUGCAGGGAAACAAGUGGACGAGUCCAGUACAAAACUGGAUGAAUAUGGAGCCAAAGACUACCGAGUUCAGAUGCUGCUGAAGAAUGAUCACACUGCACGCCCCCUCUGGGUGGCUCCAGAUGGACACAUCUUCCUGGAGGCCUUCUCACCAGUUUACAAGUAUGCUCAGGAUUUCCUGGUGGCCAUUGCGGAGCCGGUGUGCAGGCCUAACCACGUCCAUGAGUACAAGCUGACAGCCUAUUCCCUGUAUGCAGCUGUCAGCGUGGGGCUGCAGACCUCAGAUAUUGUGGAGUACCUGCAGAAACUCAGCAAGACAUCUGUACCUGAUGGAAUUGUGCAGUUUAUAAAGCUCUGCACAGUCAGCUACGGCAAAGUCAAGCUGGUUCUGAAGCACAAUAGGUAUUUUGUUGAGAGUGCCUUUCCUGAUGUGAUCCAGCGGCUUCUGCAGGACAAUGUGAUCCGUGAAUGUCGUCUUCGUACCGCAGACGGAGCAGAUACUGAGCUUAUUACUGAAGUCAUCCACAGCAAGUCAGCGAUUUCCAAGUCUGUUGAGGAUAAGGGGGGCACGUCCACCUCACAGCAGCCUGCCGAUGGACAAACCUCAACCCAGCAGGUCCCUGAGGACAUUUUCAGCUACUAUGAGCAGAUGGAUAAAGAUGAAGAAGAGGAGGAAGAGACUCAGACUGUGUCCUUUGAGAUUCGCCAGGAGAUGAUUGAAGAGCUGCAGAAGCGUUGUAUUCAGCUGGAGUACCCCCUCCUGGCAGAGUACGACUUUCGCAAUGAUACAGUCAACCCAGACAUCAACAUAGACCUGAAGCCCACUGCUGUGUUACGGCCCUACCAGGAAAAGAGUCUGCGCAAGAUGUUUGGAAAUGGACGUGCUCGCUCCGGGGUCAUCGUGCUGCCCUGCGGUGCGGGCAAAUCUCUGGUGGGUGUGACAGCAGCGUGCACGGUGCGUAAGCGCUGCCUCGUGUUGGGGAACUCCUCCGUUUCAGUGGAACAGUGGAAGGCUCAGUUCAAGAUGUGGUCCACGAUCGACGACUCCCAGAUUUGCCGCUUUACCUCUGAUGCCAAGGACAAGCCCAUCGGCUGCUCGGUGGCCAUCAGCACCUACUCUAUGUUGGGUCACACCACCAAGCGCUCCUGGGAGGCUGAGAGAGUCAUGGAGUGGAUGCGGAGCCAGGAGUGGGGACUGAUUAUCCUGGAUGAGGUGCACACUAUCCCUGCCAGAAUGUUCCGUCGUGUUCUGACCAUUGUCCAGGCUCACUGCAAAAUGGGGCUCACAGCCACACUGGUCAGGGAAGAUGACAAGAUUGUGGACCUGAACUUCCUGAUUGGGCCUAAACUUUAUGAGGCCAACUGGAUGGAAUUACAGAACAAUGGCUACAUUGCCAAAGUCCAGUGUGCAGAGGUGUGGUGCCCGAUGUCUCCAGAGUUUUACAGAGAGUACGUGGCCAUCAAGACGAAGAAGCGCAUCCUGCUUUAUACAAUGAACCCCAAUAAGUUCCGCGCUUGCCAGUUUCUCAUUCGCUUCCACGAGCGGCGCAACGACAAGAUCAUUGUCUUUGCUGACAACGUGUUUGCCUUGAAGGAGUACGCUAUUCGCCUCAACAAGCCGUACAUCUAUGGCCCGACCUCUCAGGGGGAGCGAAUGCAGAUUUUACAGAACUUCAAACACAACCCCAAAAUCAACACCAUUUUCAUCUCCAAGGUUGGAGACACUUCAUUUGACUUGCCAGAAGCCAACGUUCUGAUCCAGAUCUCCUCCCAUGGUGGAUCACGCAGACAGGAGGCCCAGAGGCUGGGCAGAGUCUUACGAGCCAAGAAAGGAAUGGUAGCAGAGGAGUACAAUGCAUACUUCUAUUCACUGGUGUCCCAGGACACUCAGGAGAUGGCUUACUCCACCAAGAGGCAGAGGUUCCUGGUGGACCAGGGAUACAGCUUUAAGGUGAUCACAAAGCUGGCAGGCAUGGAGGAAGGGGACUUGAUGUUCUCCACAAAAGAAGACCAACAGCAGCUGCUUCAGAAAGUCCUCGCUGCUUCAGACCUGGAUGCUGAGGAGGAAGUGGUGGUGGAGGUGGGCGGACAGCCAAAGUUCUCAAGGCGAACGGGCACCAUGAGCUCCAUGUCAGGCGCAGAUGACACCGUCUACAUGGAGUAUCAGAAUCGAGGCAGCAAAUCUUCCGCACUAGGCAAGAGCGUGCAUCCACUGUUCAAGCGCUUCAGAAAGUAGAUGUACCGACUCAAACCCUGACACCUAAAGACUCAGCUGCAACAUGGUGAUAAUAACCUGAAGCUAAGCACGAGGCUACCAGCAGCAGGUUCAGAUAGUCCAGCUGGUCUGGAGAAAAGAGCAAUGACUGGAGGAAACUUGAACCAGAUUAUUAUCUGAAGGUUAUGACGAUCUACUGUACAUUGCUUUCUCCUGGUAGCUGAUGGUGACGAUGGUUGAAAUUACUUCUGGUGAAGAAUGCAGCGUAUGAUGCCAGCAGGGCUCGACUCCUCAGUGUGACACAUUUGAAAGUCUACGCUCCAGCUUCCUCGAGCACUUACAUGCAUGACAUUUGCAGAUCAAAUACCCGUCUAAGUGUCAACCACUGUUGGCUCUCACUUGUAAUUGAAAACAAACCCUUACAUCUCUGUUUCCAUGCUGACACAUUAUAAGGCGUUCAUGAAAUUCAAGCUAAAUCCCACCAUGCUUGAAGGCUGUGAGUUGUGGUUUUCAAUAUAUUUCAGCCACAAUUGUCUGUGUGUAGAAUGAGAGCGGACCGGAGUAUUACGGAUAGGAGAUGUUUGCCCUAUGUGGAAUAAGCUGUGUCUUAUCUGCUGUAAAUGUGUGCUUCACUGACAACUGUAUCAGAGGAGCAAAACUGAUGAUGUAUUAUAUUUGUAUACGUUUUUGUAAGAGUGGCAACAUUUUCUACAUUAAAACAUCACAAAUUAAA